CAAAGUGGGUUGUAUGUGGACCCCGAACCAAAAUCAGUUUGACCCCCUGUGCUAAUAGGUCUGUGUUUUCGUGGAGGUGGGUGAACCCCAUUUUACCAAUAGAACCCCAAAGGAUGUUGUGCACAUGCGCGUUGAGCUAGUAUCUACCGGAGCGCGAGAGGUAGGGAAGGCAGAGUCCUAAUGGCGGAGACUGUACGGUCGCCUUUUGACUACCGGGAGCCACCGACCCUCGACAGCGACGGGGAUGGGAGCAAACCGCCGCCGCCGCGGGGCCGCGUGUGUGGGAGAAAAAGGAAGGGGACACCGGUGAAGGUGUGCGACCGAGCGUAUGUAACCGAAGAUGAGGAGGAGGAGAGCAUGUCGGAGCACAGCUACAGCCCUGGUGAUGGCCAGUACCCGGAGGGUGCAGAAGACCGCCUCCCCCCACCUGGCAGUCCCUACUACCUUCCCGACCCCACUCAGCUCUGCGUGCCAGAGAUGGGGGAGGAGGGGGCCAGUGGCGUUCGAGGACCCGUGCUGUUCCACCCGCCGCCCAACUGCCGGAUUCGAGAAGUCCACUGCGGCACCCAGGUGCGCUUGGUCGUCAUAGCGAUCCGAGACAUCGCCAAGGGGGAGGAGAUCACGGUGGACUACAGUCUGACGGACUGGGGCGAGAAUGCAAUGGAGGAAGAGGCCGGCCCCCACCCUCUGUCCCUCUCCGUUUCUGAUUACCUCACCCCGUCCUGGUCACUGUCACCCUCAUCCUCCCCACUCACCCACUCUGAGCCCAGCGACUCGGACCGCGAGGAGGACGAGGAGGAGGAAGACGACGAUGACGACGACGACGACGAAGAGGAGGAAAUGGAGGAGAUAAGGGGCCGAAUGCUUCGGCGCCGCAAGAAGCGCAAGUUGCCCCCCGCGGUCAAUGCCAAGAAGAAGGCCGGUCCCACGUCCUCCAGAGGACCUGGGCGCCCCUGCUCCUCCUUUUCCCGCCCAGAACCUGUCGCACCCCCACCCAGGUCCCAGCCCCAACCUCCGAUCAGCUCCCUGACGUCUCCCACCACGAACAUAAACAAUAACAUCAACAUAAACAUUGGCAGCUCCGGCGGCGCCGCGGUGACCCGGCGGCAGCACUGCCCCUACUGCGGCCGCCACUACCGGUCCCUGGCGCGCCACCUGGAGAAGCACCACGCCAACCAGCCGGAGGUCAGGACGGCCAUGGAGCUGGCGCACCUCCACCAGCACAGCUCCUCAAACGGCAGCGCCUCGCAACCCCACCCGUCGUCAUCCUCCGCCUCCUCCGCCCCUCACAAUCACUCCUUCGCUGUCCCUCAGGCUUCCCCCUCCAACCCUGCUCCACCCUCGCUGUUCCCCAGGGACAGGGAGUCGCCCGCCACCCGCUCCAACGCGGGCGCCGUCUCCUUCUCCCUCUCGCUUUCGCCGCCUGCCUCGAGCCAGCCCGCGGCCGCCAAGAAGGGGCCGGGCCUGCCGCUGCCGGCCACGAAGCUGCCCACGCCUCCGAUGGCGUCCAGAGUGAAGAGCCCCUCGCCGCCUCCCCCGUCCACCCCGAGGAGGGGGCGGAGGAUGAAGAGAGAAAAGCACGAGGAGCAGCAGCAGCAGCAGCAGCAGCAGCAGCAGCAGCAAAAGGUGGAGGUGGAGAGCUCGAGGAAUCAGGAGGAUCUGGUCCCUCCUCCAACACCAGAGCCGGACGUGGAUCCAGACGAAGACCUGGAGCUGAGCGGAGAAGGGGAAGAGGAGGCACCAGAGGAGAAGAACGGAGAGAUUGUAAGCACACAGAGACAUCACAUGUCUCCACUGCUCUCUUCCCUGUCCUGUCUGGUCCUCUACCUCCGCCGCCAGCAGCACUCCUCCUUCCUGUCUUUAACCCGCUCUCCUCACUCGGCCGAGGCCUGGCGCCUGCUCUGCCACUCCAGCCUCUCCCUGCUCAUCCUCUACAACCGCCACCGGGAAUGUGAAGUGGCCAAGCUCACCAUACAGGACUACAGGAGCCGCACCACCCCGCCGAGCAGCUCCGGCCCCGCCUCCCCCUCCGGCAUGGAAGGCCUCCUGUCUCCGUUCGAGCGCCAGGUCCUCCUCCACCUCCCCCGCGCCGGCGUCUUGGGCAAACGCGGCCGCGUCCAGCCACUCAUCCUCCCGCCGCACUGUGAGUCCUGCCUGGACCUGCUGCUUCGAACCAGCCCGAACGUGGGCGUGGAUCCCGAGAGCCCCUUCGUCUUCUCCCGGCCGUACCACUCCCCGGCCACCCCUCUCCGUGGCACAGACCUCCUGAGGAACCUGGCUCGAACCAGCGGGGCCAAGAACCCCGGAGCGCUGACGGCGGCGCGAGUGCGGCGGCAGGUCGCCAUCUUCACCCAGCUGCUGCUGUUGGACGAAGGCGAGGGCGGGGCGAUCAAGCGGCUGGAGGACUUCCUGGAGCGCGAGUACCACGUGACCCAGAACUGUUCCACAAUCAUACGGGAUCCGGCGCUGAUGGGUCGCGUGGGCCGCGUCGUUCUUUACGGAGAGAGGGAGGGCGUUCUUUUCAGAGGAAUGAGCCUGCAGCACAUCUGCCUGGAGUUGGACGUGAUGUCUGGCAACUCCGCCGACUCCUUUUCUGAAGAAUCUGAGGCCGAGGAGGAGAAGGAGGAAGUUAAGGAGAAGGCAGAGGUGAUGGUGAAAAAGAAAGGACCGGGACGACCCCCGCGGAAGAAGAGAGCACCCGCUCCCUCGCCCCCCGUCAGCCCGUCCUUAGCCAACGCCCAUAAGAGGAGAUGCCUUCCUCAAAAAUCAGGGAAGCGCGGCGUGCUGAAGCGUCCCUGGUCAGAGGCGGAGCGCGUAGCCGUGGAAACUCACCUAAAGAGAAACCUCGUGGAGCUGCGCGUCCCGGCGAAAGCAGACUGCGAGCGCUGCCUCGAACUCUGCCCCCUGCUGGUGAGCAACCAGCGGGACUGGAGGGCCAUCAAGUUCUACGUCCACAACCGCAUCCAGCUGCUGAAGAAGCAGGGGAGGAGGGAAAGCGCUGCUGCAGUCUGCUAGAGGCGCGGAUACCGUAAUGUAUAAACCACCAGCAAUCACAGUGAGGAGAACCAACUCUUGGCUGUGGUGGGGUACAGUUUCUCUUUUCUUUUGUGGGUGCAGUACCUGGAGUUUACCUGGUCAUAAGGGAGCAGUGUAAUAAAAAUAACUAAGCUAAGAAGACGGACGUGCUGCCACAGUCAACUAUCAUGUCUACUCAGUGUUGCGGAUGCCUAGUGUCUGUUUAUGAGACGUGUUUUUCAGUGAACUAAAUGUACUUUUAAGUGUGAGUUCAGACACAGUGAAUGAGAGACGUGUUUUAUUUGUACUUCGUUAGACAGUAGACAGUGUGGGAGAGAGACGCUGACGAGCAGCGACGGCCCUCGGUCUCACAUUUGCUUCGUCUGAAGGCUGACAACCAAACGUGAAUGUGUAAAGCUUUGGAAGAAGAAACCAAUGGUUAACAGACCUGUAUGAACUUGUAUAGUUUGUGUUUGAUACUGACUGACAUCGUGCCCCCGAACCCUGGCACCCAACCAACGAGUGUAUUAAAAAAAAAGUAUUCCUCAAAGUCUCGGACCACGAUGCACCUGUGAAGUGUUUCUUGCAUACCUCUAUACCAUGAUCAUGUUCAGACUAGUAUGUAUCAAGGCACGCCUACUUGAAUUUAUUGCGUAUCAUUUUUUUUUUAUUUUUAAGCUGUAUUUCAGAAUCAACAUAUGGUCUUAUUCACAAUGUAAAUACGUCCUAAUCUAUGAAAGUAUGCAGUAGUGAUUAUAAAGUUAGUAUUGUGUUAUUGUGUACAUACUGUAAAUACUACCUGUACUUAUUAAAGUGUAUGACAUUU